CUUUGAAAGUUACAACGAAUCGAACGGUUGAUCGAGAAGCUUGAAUCAUGUCCGUGGAAGUGAAACAUCCGCUCGACUCGGCGAGCACAGAUCUGCUAGAAGUGAGUCGCCACAGGCUUGAACCACUCUCGACAAAGAUGGAGGAACGCGACGCGGACGUUAUGAAGGUCAGUAGAAGAUGAUUUUUCAUAGGUCUUCCACACCCAUACAACAGUAUUCGCAACGUCAAACGCUCUUUAGAGUUUUGACUUUGUUUGGGAUAGCUUCCAAUUCUUUCAUCCUCUCCAUCAGGGUUUGCUUUGGCGGUGUGUUUGAAAUGUCACUUGUUGGUGCGUGACGAGUGUGGAUUUUUCGAGACCGUCGAUCGAGACUUGAGUUUAAGACAGUGUGAAUUGAAAUGCUUUGUCGUUCAACCUCUGAACCUUUAAGUAAUUCCAACGAGAAACUGCAAAAACUCUUCUGCAAACGUAAAUCAACACUUUUUACUUUAGGUUUUACUCGUGCGGAGGUUAAAAAGGUAGUAUUCACUGGAUUUGUUUCCAAUCAAACCUUCUAUGCACGGCUAUAUCUGGGCAUAUGGACGACUGUUUUCGCAUGAGUAAUGUUUUAUGCUUUUAAAUCCACCCUUUGCAUAAUCUUUUGCGAAGUGCUUUGUCUGCGUUGUCUCUUCCAUGGUUUAUAGUCUAGAUCUACAGGAAAGUAAUCUUCUGAUGGACAGAAAUCAAAAGCUAUUUUCUGUUCCAGGCAGAAUAUAGCUCAAGGCUAAUCUUUCUUAACCUUUCCCUGUUCGCAUCAUGUUGGCAUCUGGAGAAUCUGAUUGUGUGAAACGAGACUUGAUGUUAUCAUAAACCUUUCAUUCGCUACAGUUUGCUGUGUUGCAUCGCGCGAGUAAAUUUCCAAAACUACAUUCAUUUAGCUCGAGUGUGCUCUUCCUGAUCCAAAUAAGUCUCACUUGAAUUCCAAAAUUCACAGUUCAAAAGCUUAGUUCCUCUUCUUGGUCUACUUGUACGCUACCAAAAAACUGAAUUUAAAACGGGUAAUACAAAUUUAUUUCCACAGUUCAAACCCGCCCAUUCAUAGAAACACGCACGUAUUGCUAAUUUCUUUGUUACUGAUGAGUGAAAUUGACAACUCCACUACGUUCCAGUGCUCUGUUUACAAUCUAGUCAACUUCCCUUGUAAAAUAUUUCUUUAUACUUUGAUUUUACGCUUGUCCAUCUGCAAGACCAAAUUUUCACAUCUUCCUAAUUUAUGAAAAGUAACUUGCAGAUAAACCAAUAUUUCUAUAAGUGUAUUUCUUCGUGUUGAAAUAUUUGAUGGUAUUUCCAACGCGUGAAAAAAAUUCGAACAUUUGAUCAUGAGCGUUGCAUUGUAGGCUUUCUCAUCGAAGUUUUUUCAACACGCACGUAAAUCACACUUUGAAACUACAUCCAAUGGAGUGCACAGCGGUCGUUUUACACAACAUUGUUCUUUAUAAAGAACAAAAAGUCUGAAUGUCACAAAAUACUAACAAAACAAUCUUUAAUAUUGUGGUUUAUUUGCUGGGAUACUUUUGAGUAGGUUUCUGGUUUUCCUAUUCCCAGAAAGUAAUUUUCAGGAUUUGUAACAAUGAUGCUAACAUUAAAAGGUUCUGUGAGGAGAAAUAAGUUUGAUGUACAUAUUCAUUAACUGAAAGAUGGUUGAUAAAAUGCUUUUAAAAUGAAAAUACAGAGCCACAAAGCCGCAGACUACCAUUGUUGACUUGAUUUACUUGCUGCUGAAGUUUAAAAGCCCUGAAUUUAAAAUGUCAAUAGUUUAUCAGAUGAAACCUAAUUUUUGUGUUCUACACUAAUAUCAAACGUAAGCUUGCAUUUGAAAUCAUAAAUGCAGUUGCUAAAUAAUUAUACAAAUGUAGGUCCAGUUAAACUACAGAUGUAUGCAGUUAAUAGAACAGGUGUGAGAAUGUCAUAAAGUAAGCGUCAGACAGCCUGGUUUGUAAAUGUCACAUUUUGACACAUAAAUGUGGGUUUCAUCUAAUAAUAUUAAGACCAAUUUACAUGGUGCAACUUUGUUGUAAGUAAUAUGCUUGCAAAUUAGCUUGUGAACAGGCCUUUGGUCGAGCAGGGAACUUUCCCUUCCCUUUUCUCACUAUUUUUUCCCCAAACAGAGAGCCUAUUCACAGGCUAUUGCAAUUAAGAUUUCUCCACAACUUUUGUCAUGUUAAUGAUACCUUAACCACUAACCUACAACUGUCAUUGGCUUGAUUCAUAGAUUCAUUUCUUAAUAGUAUUGCAAGCACACUGGCUCGAUUUUCCCUGCUCUCACAGGUGUCAUCUUAUUCCUCCCCCUAAAAAGAUCGCUGAGUGUUUGAGUGGCUGAUCUUGUCUGCGACAUGAAGUCAAAAUUUACUUUAUGCUCCAUUAAAAAUGCUGGAAAUGGGAAUUCUCACAUCAUAUCAAUUGACAGACUUUUGUCAUUGUCUUUUCAUGCAGCAAAGAGGGUAACCAGCUCCUAGUUGGCUUGCUAAUUCAAUUAGUUAAAGAGCUGAACUGGUAUCACAGAGGUUAGGGUUCGAAUUGUGGCAAGCCUGAAUUUAUUAAGACUUUCAUUUUCCAACUACAUAAGUUGCACCUUUAACUGCGAGGAUAUUCUUUACAUUAAAUGUAGAAGUAAAUAAAGGUAUCAAUAAAUAUUGUUUGUUCUCUGUCUUUUGGAGAGCAAUGCAACUGUACUAUCCGAAAGGAAGCCAUUAGGCAGCAAAAUUACAGAAAAUCAAAAGUCCAGGGUAGAUAAGGGAUGACACCCAACACAAAAUUAGAAUAUAGAUUUCUGAAAAGUUGAUUUCUUUAUACUCCAACUUUUUGCAUCUCUGUUUUCAUCACCAGAGGUGUGAGUUUCUCUUUAGUGCUUUUGCUGAUCUGUCCCUCUGAAAUCCACUUGAUAAGUCAUUUUAGUCAAUUGCUCAAGUGCUAAUUCAGGCAUCAUAUUUCAAAUUAGAGAAUCUGCAUGUAAAGAUGCCAGUUUUGAUUUCAAAGCUGCAAUUUUGGACUUAAAAGAUGGAAAGUAAGGAGACCCUUCUCCCCACAUCAAGAUGGUAAAAUGAUGCAUUUUGGCCUUUGUUUGUUUUGGGGGGAAGAGGAUACUGUACUGAUACUUUGAGGCCACUGAAACAUAACUGCCUCAUCAUUAUUUUUGUUGUAAAUGCCACUUGCAGUGCCUAGUUGCCACAGCUACAAUUCAUGACAUUAGAAUUUGGGUCAAUUGAAGGAAUAGCGUUGACAUGUUGUGCUCAACAUCCCUUUCCCUCUCUCUUGCAACAUUGGCCUCGAAAUUGGACAAUUCCACUGAAAAACCAUUACAAAACAACAUUAAGGCAGGUACCAGAGCAGUGUGACCCAAGUUGAGUGUCCUUGAUUGUAGUUUCAAUGCUCUAAUGCAAACCUUGUACUCUGACUUGAUUUGCUAACAAACAUCAUUUUAAUCUUUAUAACAUUUCAAGUUCUAUUUUCUUUCCCAAGGUCAAUUUGAAUAGCCAGAGUUUCCAAAAACCAGCUCUAUCAUUGCCAAUGCAACUUUGUGAUGCAUGGGUAGAUUAAUUAUUUGGUUCUUUGUCAAGUAGAUAGCCAGAUAUUUCCAGACAUCAGGCUUUAUCUCUUGCAUCAUCUUUGAUGCAUAAGCAAAUUCUCUGAACUGUAGCCAAGAAAAUGAGAGCUGAGGAGAGAUGCUACUUUGAUCAAACUUUGCUUUAUUAUUCUCCUGUAAUUACUGCAUGUUUUGGUAAUUGGCGCUUCAUGGUGUAACAGCACAUCAUAAAAAAGCCACAAAAAGAUACACAGACUAAGUUAUCUUUAGCUCACUCAACCGAGAGAUUCCUAUUUUCGUCUUGGCCAACUUAACUUCCAUCUCGUCUGAGCUAAUAGGUUAUUGUGUUGUGUUUUGAAAGCCUUUAGUGCGUGUAAACACCAUUUUAUUGACUAAUUGUUAGAUCAAAAUUAUUCUUUAAGAGCUACUUAACUUACCUGAAGUAGUGAAAUUAUUUUAAAUUGCUUUAAUUUGAAGGUAAAUGGCGUUUCCUUUCUCGCCUUCCAAAACACACCUUCCACUUUCCCGGGACUAAAUGUAUUCACUGAGAGGCCGUGACUUGUUCGUUAUAAAACGCGCAUCGAUUGGCUGUUCCCUUUAUUAGGUGCUUUUUGAUUGGACGGCGUAGUUUUCGUGCAGGGCGGGGAAGGCAAAAGGUGUCGCGUGGAAUGCGGCGUUGGUUGGUUUUGCCAGUUCACAGUUGUUUCGCUUUUUUAGGACGUUUGUUUUCCCGUGUAAUUUCUAUGCAGUGUGAAAGUGCUUUUCUGGAUCAAGGAUUUGAAAGCUCACUGACGUUGAUUGACCCCGAGUAGCUCGAAUUGUCGGAGGGUAUGGCUGUGAAACGCGAUAAUUUGGGUGGCUCAUCAGUUUAUCCAGGAUUUGCUUUAUUGAAAACAAGUCAUAAAUCGUCUUUACAUAGAGUUAAAGCUGGAUAACAUCGUAAAUCUUUAUUGAUUGUUAAUGCUAAGUAACUGCUAUGUCACCAGACUUGUGUGUUCCUUUAUAGAAGUAUUUAUAGAUGUUAUGUAGGGUGUUGUAUUGCGUCUAUGCCAGCAUACCUUCAUCAAGAUGAAAUAUCGAACUCCAUUUAAUUUCGUACUUAUUGUAGGUAAUCGAAAGUCCGUCCUGACGUUUCACUUUUUUACCUUUUAGGCUUUCAUCCAGUCUAUGGGAACAAUGGGUGAAGUAUCGACAGAUUAUCGCGACGCCGAGGAAGAUCAGUGGAUGGAGCAGCAGAGUUCAGCGAGGCUGUUUGAACGAUCUCGAAUCAAAGUACUUGCUGGUCAGUAAAUAAGCAUUCUUUAGCCGUUAUAUGACUUAGAAAAAUCGGCUUCAACUUCUAAAAUCGCCUCGUGGUUUUUAUUGCUCAUAGUAAGCAUGUCUGUCUACAGGAGGGCUCUUUUAUUAUUCAAGAAUUUGAUGCUAAGGGUAAAUUAUUUAUCACCAAACCUUGAAUUUCGUGAUCGCAAAGUAAUAUUUUUAAUACUAAGCUCAUACUUCUUUGUAUAACCAGUUGUCUUCUUCUUAAGCUCUCUAUUUAAAGUUUGAAACAUGGCCUAGAUCAGCAAGAACUAUUCGCAAUGCCUACUGCAUGUACGUAAAAAUAAACACAAAGUGAAGAGAAUUGAUUACAAUGAGCCGAAAAGAAUGGAAAUAGAAUAUUACAUCUGCGAUCAUCUGAUUUCAUCAAAUAUAAGCAUAAUGCUUCAGGCUUCCUGAUUAGUUUAAAUGUUAAUUUAGUUUAGAUUGCCAUUAGACGAGACAGGAGAGAAAAGCGAAUUAUAUAGAUAUGUGUAUGCUCAAAGAGUCGAAAUGUUCUCGAAUAUUUUUGUUUUUAUCAUUGCGGAGGUGUGGUCCCAAGGAUUGCGUGAUUCUUUUUGUUUUGACUGGAGAAUGUUUUGUAUGCGAACAAAAACAAAACUUCGCUUUCAGUAAAAACUCCUAUCGUUUAUUUGCCUGUUUGUUUUCUCUUUCAAUAAAGAUAUUUUUUGUCGUAGCAGGUUUGAGUAAAGCAAAAAUGUCUUGAAUACUAAUUUUAACAUUCGGUCACGGGAAAUUCAUGGGAACUUCGCAUGAUCGACUUUUCAUCACAACUCAGGUCUUUUUUUGCUCCAUCUGAAUUUUUUUUCCGUGUAAAAAUAGGUUUUUUCGAGAAUAGGUAAUCAGAUUUUGAUCGAUAAAUAUUUUCCCUGGUGCUUAAACGUUUGUUUUCUUAAUUUAUCUAGCAUGACGGUCAAGUUUAUUUAUACCAGUCCCAGUACGCAGUGUUGACGAUAUUUACACUUAAUACGUUGAUUUUAAUAAUUUUUGUAUAUUUAUGAGCAAACAUAUUAAUAAUGAAUUCUUGAAGUUGUAUUACAUUGUUUGGUUAAGACUGAGUUUAUUCUUAAAUAAAUAUUUCCAAAUAUUUAAAUUCUUCAUUGUCACACAACAUUUUUGAGUGCUGUUCCCCCGAUAAACCACCAUCUAGAGGAUAAGUUUGAGUGAAAACAAUUGCAUUAUCCACCGGAUAGAGAUUUAUUUAUUGCAUGACAUUAUCUGCCUUUUAAACAGAUAGACCCUAUAACUAACUUAUUGAAGUUGAUGCCUUAGGAGGUUUUCUCUCUACUAGCCCACAGAUGAUUAUUUUGGUCUGUUUUUUUUUUAUGUUCCUAAAUAAGGGUUAUCCUUUUUUAUUUUUAUAAGGAUAUACAUCUGGAUUCUCAUUAAGUUUUAAAGUAGACAGCCAGGAUGUAAAAGGAGGCAGCUGGGCAAUCAAGUGUUGUAGGGAAUUUAAGGAUUUCACUCCCUCACUUUAUCCAUUUAUCCCAAGAAAUAAAUGGCUCAGACUUCAAAGUACCCGGUUUUUUAGCCGGUUGAUGGCACUUAAUGAGAAUCCUGAUAUAUUUUGACUUCUAUCUGUAUAAAUGCAAACUAUAUGGUGAUAUCUUCAUUUGCAGAUGAAAGAGAAAAAGUACAAAAGAAAACAUUCACAAAGUGGGUCAACUCACAUCUUCAGCGUGUUAACGCAAGGGUUAAUGACCUCUAUCAUGAUCUUAAGGAUGGCAAAAAACUCAUUCUUCUUCUCGAGAUCCUGUCUGGUGAAAAACUGGUAAGAAUCAGUUUGCAAAUUUCUGCUGUUCAAACCUGCUUGUAUUUUGAUCUGAUCUAGUAAAGAUUUCUGGGCUGGAGCUAUUAGAAACCCACCUUAAUUGAUACAUCAGAUUCCCCUAUGGCACCAGGUGCAAAACAAUUGGAAAACCACAAUAAAUAUGAAUAAAAUUCUUAGUAUAGUUCUUGCAAAAUCUAUCUAUGUGAAGCAAAUGAUGCGAGUUAUUCAAGCUUUGAUGGACCCAAUAUACUAAGAUAAUAAUAUUGUAGCUGUCGUGUUGUAUUAUAUGUAUAUUAUUUUGCCAUCUUAGCCCACUGACACAUGUAAAGUUCAAAAGAUGUUAAGCUGUAAAAUAAUGAAGAGAGGGAUUAAUAACAUGUAUUUGGAAGACAAAAAUGUCUGCUGUUUUCUUUAACAUAAUAGCUGUUAGAUGUUGCUAUAGACAUGUAUGGUUUGGAUGUGAAAAAUAUUUUUUUGAAAUAUUUUCUCUUAUCUUCAAGUUUGUUUAAUGGUGUUCGUGGCAAUGUUACUUUAUAAAGGAGGGUUGGACCUCAUGCAAAAAAUUGAAAUACCUUAAUUUUAUUUUGCAUUAUUUUCUAUGUCAUUGCUAAGGAAACUAAUGUACUUAUCUUGGUGAGUCUGAUAAUUAACUGAAUUUUUCUACUCAUCUUUUUGAUUUACAGCCCAAGCCAUCUAAAGGAAGAAUGAGAAUUCACAUGCUUGAAAAUGUUGACAAAGCCCUGACCUUCUUAAAAAAGCAAAAGGUACAGUUUAAUGUAAUCCUUCCUAUAAUAAUGAUGAUAAUAUUCACAAGCCCUGUUAACUUGAACUAGAAGAAGACAUCACAUCUUUUUACACAUUCAAUACACUGAAAAUCUAGAAACUGUAGAAAAAAGAAUGAAAAGUCUUGAGUUAUAUUUCGCUCUUUGAGCCUCUUCAGUCAAUAAGCCAUGUUACAACAGCAGAAUUCUUCAAAUUUUUCAAAGGUUUCAAGCCAAAAAAUGGACUACAUUGCAUCAACUGCAAAAGUAUGCAUUUAUCACAAAUAAGGGGGAGGGGGGUGGUGACAGGGGGUCCAAACCUCUCACCUUUGCAUUCUCUUCUCCUGUGGAGUGCCCCUUUUUACUUUGCUUCCCUAUUAAGCCCUUUUCAAUUUCUAAAUGUGAAGCAUUGUUGUGUUAUCCCCCCAAUAAAGUUCUCCGCCUUCUCACCCUGUUAUAACACCUAUCUCCUAUUCCUCUUCCACCCCUUCAUUCUCCCAGACACCACCCCCUGUCCUCCCCACAUAUAAUGAUCUUUUGAUUCAUUAGGUCCACCUGGAGAACAUUGGCGCUCAUGAUAUUGUCGAUGGAAAUAACAAGAUCACGUUAGGUCUGAUAUGGACGAUCAUCCUUCGAUUCCAGGUACUAAAUGUAAUGAUCCUUAGCCACAGAAAUAUUUUGGCCAGUGUAAUUUGAUUAAAAUGCAGAAUUAAAAUAGCUGGAUGGUAACACACAUAUGUUUUGUUAGAUUUCAGAUAUCACCAUAGAAGGAGAAACAAAGGAGAAGAGAUCUGCUAAAGAUGCUCUGUUGCUGUGGUGCCAAUCCAAGACAGUUGGGUAUGUUAGAAAAUAACAAGAGGAUCCUAUUUUACAGUCAAGCCAGGUCAAGCGUACCCCCCAAAAUUCCAUUAAUGAAUUUAUUAUUCAAAAGUUGAGUCCGUUGGCAGUUGUAGAUUUCAGAUUCAUCUCUAAAUUCUUGCAUGCGCAAUGAGCCAUGAAUUCACAUGCGAUUCAGUUACGAAAUUUUUACCAGCUCAGUUUCCCUGAAUUUGAUGUAAAUGUCUUCUAAGAAUUUUAAUUCAUUCAAAGAUUUUCAAUCUGACCAAAUACAGACAAGUUCUCGUAAGUUAUUCACUGUUCAUUACACAUGCAGUAAUUCGGAUUUGAAUUUGACACCAGUCAUGGGAACAACUAACGGAUUCAUUUUUCAAAUAAUCAAUUCACUAAUAGAAUCUUGGGGGGUACGCUUGACCUGUUUUGACUGUAAGGGUAGUUAGAACAAGAAAGUUGUGCUGUCUGUACCUGAAAAAGUUUCUGCAAGUUCAUAAUAAUUUGAGUUGAUAAUAACAGAAGUUUUUUGGCAAUCAAUUAUCUGUAAGUUUUGCUAGGAUUGAGCUGUAGUCCAUAUUAUUCAGGUUUCCUUAGUAGCAAGGUGUCCUUAACCCUCUAAGUCCCAAUGGUGACCAACAUCAAUUUUCUCCUAACAAUAUCCAUACAAUGUCAAGAGAUAAAGUUAAGAGAAUUAAUAAAAUGAUCACCUAAGAGAAAAUGCUUUGAUCUUUUAUCAAAUUCUCUCAACACAUUCUUUAUGGAAUGUAUAGAGAGUUAAGGGUUAAGGUGGGAGGUAAUAUUGGUCACUGCUUUAUUUCCUUUUUACAAUAAACACUGUUUGGGGGCAAGAGAAAUGUAAUGCCCAGCUUGUUUUUUAAUAUCAACCAAUUUUUUUCAAGGUCCCUCUGAUAUCUUUGUGGAUUUUGUCAUAGGUUGUACUUUAAUGACAAAGAUUUUUGUGAUUUCCUGUACUAAUGUGUAUUAUAAUCCUCUUGGAUACAAAAUAUAGGUAUCGCAAUGUGACAAUAUCCAACUUCACCACAAGCUGGCGUGAUGGACUGGCAUUCAAUGCACUCAUUCACAGACACAGGUACUUCCGAAAACUAAUGUGAUCCUAUGGUCUUGUAAUACUAUUGUCAGCAAUUUUAGGGCACAGUCAAAUCCACAAUUCAUCAAUUUGCUGAGUGCGUUGUUGUUAUUUUUUUUUAGACCUGACCUGAUUGAGUAUGACAAACUCACCAAGAGUGAACCUGAGAAGAACUUAAAUCUUGCAUUUGAAGUCGCAGAAACACAGCUGGAGAUCCCACAACUGCUGGAAGCAGAAGGUAUUGUAGAAGCCUGUUCCAGGCUCCACGGUAGUUGUUAUAGCAGACCAUAAAAAGUUGGGCAAAACCCCAUGGGGGCUGGGGACAGAUAGGAAAGCAGGCCUUGUAAGCAUUGUUUUUAAUACCUUAUUCUGGUAUACCAGUUCCUGGUAUACCCUACCAUUGGUGAGUUUUGAAAGUUUAUAUCUACGCUAUUGUCAAUCACUUGGCUUUGCAUGGUGCAUGUGCAGAGACUGAGUCAGACAAACUUGGCAAGUGUGUGCAACCCUCCUACAUCGCACAUUUUGAUGCAAGAAAUGUUUGUUUUUGGGAGUGGGUGGGAUGUAGUGGGUAGACUGAAGUAUUUAAAAAGCUGCUUAAGGCUCUCCCCUUCUCUGUUUUUGCUGCUUGGCUGCUUUUUUUGCUUGUCUGCACUGAGUAAGAGCCUGUUACAGGCUAGUGUUGUAGAAAAAAUAUAUAUUUUUAAUGUGAUUCUUGAAAUGGUGCUUACAAAUCUUGUGCUCUUUGUAUUCUUUAGAUGUUAAUGUUGACUUUCCUGAUGAGAAGUCAGUCAUGACGUAUGUGGCUGCUUACUAUCAUUACUUUGCAAAAAUGAAAACUGUGGAAGUCAGUGGCAGCAGAAUUGGCAAAGUAAGUCAGUUUGUGUCUUAUAUCAUUUCUUGAACUUAUGAUUUAUUAGAAAAGGACUGCAAGAUCAUCUGAACUGUAAAAGGACUGUUAUAUAAGUAGUAUAUCAACUUAAAUCACAGCUUUUUCAUCACGCUUCAACCCUGAUCCUGGCUUGUGGUUCCGCUGACUUUUAUCCCAUGACCCUUGAUUCACCAGCUGGUCUCUCUUUAAAUGAAGCUUACUGUGUGUUGGAUGAAAGUAUUAUCUGGAUAGUGGACUAAAACGAAUAUCAAGGCUGUCAAAAAAGGCUGAGGGCCAUGGAUUUCCCCUGGCCACUAUGAGGGUGACCCCCAGCUAGAGAGAGAAAGAUCUGCCAGGUUUCAUAACCACUCCACUAUCGUUUGAAUAGCCACACCCCAGAAUUUUGCGCACAGAUGGAAAACUUAGACUUGUGCAUAACUUGUGUCCAGAAUUGACUCUGGUAAUGGUGGUUUAAAUGCUUGUCAUACAAUGCCUUCCUUUUUCAUGUCCCUCAGUAAAGGUUUAUACAUCCUGUUGAAUUCUUUUCUCAGGUAAUUGAGCGCAUCAAAGAAAAUUCAGAGUUGAUUGAAGAAUAUGAGAAACAAGCCACAGAUCUCCUGGAAUGGAUACAGAUCACCAUUGUAAAGCUGUCAGACAGAAAUUUUGCCAACACGCUUGUUGGUGUUCAGCAACAGAUGCUGGAGUUCAAUCAGUACAGGACACAAGAGAAGCCUCCAAGGUGAGGGCAUUAACAUUUGAACCCUUUAACUCCCAAUAGCAGCUAAAGUAAAAGAUUCACAAAAAAUUUAAUUUAUUUUUUUGUAAAUUCCUAAGAUUUAAAUAGUACUAUUCAAAAGUUCUGCAAAAGAGCUUUCAUUUGAAUGGUAAUACCAUAGGAUUUCUUCAACAGACUUAUAAGUUAGAGUGACAAUUAAUUUUGCCAUAACUUUGUCAAGAUGUCGAAAGGUUAAUCACACCUUUGAUGUCACUCUCUAUCAGUGUCUUCUAUAUCCAAUCAAUUUUAUCCUUGUUGUCAUCAUUGUCAUUAUAGUUUGCACCACCACAGAAAAUCAUGUAAAACUCAUGGUUUGAAACAAUUUUUUCUUCUGUUGCUUUGAUCUCAGAUUUGUUGAAAAAGGCAACCUUGAGGUUCAGCUGUUUAUCCUUACAAGCAAGCUUCGCGCAAACCAUCAGAAGAUGUACACACCUCCGGAGAACAAAGCAUUGAGUGACAUCAAUAAGGUAUGCUAUUUUAUUUUGUUCUUGAGUUUAAACACAGUCACAGGGUUGUCAGAGGUAGCCGGCUGCCGGAGAAAAUCACCAACUACUUAGUUAGUAUCGGCGAACUACUCUGUUUGGCAUUUCUUUAGGGAUGGCAUUUUUUAUAUUAAAUAUCCCUGGACUGGCCGCUUAUUUUGACAACUCAGCUGUCUACUUCAAAACUUUCUGACAACCCUGAGUCACCAGGCACUUUGAUUGCAAAGUGAGAGCAUUACAUUGUGUUGAAUUGUUCAAUCUUGGUCGACAAGUUGAAUUAAAUAUUAUUUUAGUUUUAAUGUUAAUAACAUGGUUAGCGUCGUACAGUUGACAGUGUGACAAUCUUACAUUGGUGAAAUAAGCAGCUUUUUCAUGACCUACAAACUGUCAAGUCUGUAGAUCAGAAAAAACAAAAAAAAAGGGAAAAACAGAUACUUUGAUACUCUUGUUCUUUAUAGGACAUUGCCAUAUUCUUUCAAGGAAAAAGUUAGAAUUUGUUAUUAUACUUAUAUUUUCUUUUGUAACCUUUCACAUUAGUUUGCAUUUUAGAAAUAUCCUAUUGCAUUUUUAUUAUUGUACCUACAGAUGUCAAAAUAUGGUACUGUAGACCAGGCAGCUACAAACUCAUGAUUUUACUCAACCGUAUUUGUUUUAGCUAUUCAGAACACUUAAAAGUUCUUUUUAUUAUGAUAUUCCUAGCUAUACUCCCUGUAAAUUUUGAUAGUGCCUCUUUAAUUUGGUUCUUAACAUUAUUUUUCUAUCACAUGUAGGCUUGGGAAUCAUUGGAACGAGCUGAACAUGAAAGAGAGCUUGCAUUGAGAGAAGAACUCAUGAGGUAAAACACCGAUCAGUCACUUGAAUCACUUCCUGGUGAACAUUCUCUCAUAAUCAGUGAUUUUGUUUAAUAUUUACUAUUUCUUCAUUUCUUAGACAAGAGAGGCUUGAAAUGUUGGCUGCAAAGUUUGACAGAAAGGUAAAUAUUGUCGUAAAAGUCACUAUUAUUUUAGAUCAGGGUAUAGGUUUCGUAAGAAAUCCACGUUGAUUAGCUUAGCAGUUCUUAAUCUUAAGAAGAGCACCACUUUUUGGGUUAAUUUGUAUUGAACUCAACAACUGAAUGGUUAUUGUUGUUCAACUUUUAGGCCGCUAUGCGAGAAACUUGGCUGAAUGAAAACCAGCGGCUGGUAUCGCAAGACAACUUUGGAAAUGACAUAGCAGCAGUUGAGGCUGCAACCAAGAAACACGAGGCCAUUGAAACUGAUAUCAUGGUAUGAUUAACUUAAUUUCUCCAUAAUUUUCAUUUACUCGUGAUGGGUGAAGAAUGGUCUCUCGAGUUUAUAAGAACUGGCAAUUCAGUAACAAGUGAUGGUAUGCUACUUUUCAUAGGCAUAUGAAGAACGUAUCAAUGCCAUUGUUCAAGUUGCUGAUGAAUUACACAAAGAAAACUAUCAUGAAUCUGACAGAGUUCAGUCCAGGUUUGGCUUUUAUUUAUUUUGACACUUAGUAUUUUACUCUUGUAUUCUUUUUAAAAGGCAAUUUACUCUAGAAAAAAAAUAAUGGAGCACACUUUCUUUAUAACUUUUCAUGAAAUGUCUGUGUUACUAUGAAAUGAUGUUUUGUGUUAUUUAUUUUGCAGGAAAGACUUGAUCUUGCAGCUAUGGGAACAACUUCUUGAAUUGCUGAAGCGCCGUCGUUCUCGACUUGAGAAAAGCAUGAAGUUGCAGAGAAUAUUCCAGGAGAUGAUCAAUGCCAUCGAUUGGAUGGAUGAAAUUAAGGUAAUGAUACAAUAAUUUAUUCCCAUAAACCAGGCUGAUUCUAUUAAUAUGUGCAAGUUUUUUAAGCUCCUUUCUCGGCUAGCCAAGUUUUAGUGCUGGUAUAUAUGGGCUUUUGCACAAAAUUUGUUUUAUUGUUCUAAGGGUAAUUUUUCCACUAGUUGAGUGGAAGAUAAUACACAUAGCUGGAAAAAUUUUUUGAGGAAGUGUCUGCAUCAACCAUUACUUAACUUCCCAAAAACAUCUGCAGUUUAUUCUUUGUUGUGUUAGUACAUGUUGUAAAUAUUCAUACCAAAUUUUGGUCAUGUACUCUUUGAACGCUUCUGUAGUUUUUAGUUUGACAGAAUUAAAGAGUAAUGACAUCUUAUCAGAGUAAUAGCAGUAAGCUUGAUUUGGCCACCAGCUGCAUACAAGAUUGUGGGCCAAUUACCUGAAUGAAGAUAAACUUUAACUUAGAUUGAUUUUUACUUUAUGAUUUUGUUUUUAUUUUAGAUGGGACUUCUGUCAGAAGAUUAUGGCAAACACUUGCUUGGUGUUGAGGACUUGCUGCAGAAACACAGUCUUGUGGAAGGAGACAUAGCAGCACAAGCUGACAGAGUAAAGAAUGUCAAUGAACAGGCCGAGUUGUUUUUACAGCUGGACAAUGAGGAAGAUGGUAAGAAUUGUUUGUGUUAAGUUCUUUCCAAAGUUUAACCCUUUCAUUUCAAUAGAGACAGUAAGUAGAUUGAUCUAACCUGUGAGUCUGUGGUUAAAAUCUAAAUUGUGAUCAUUCGAUAAGUCAAUGAAAGCUACUGAAUGUACUCUCCUGUAUUACUGUUUGUUAUACUUUUAGUCGUGAAGGAAAUCUUAUGGUAUGAGUUUUAAAUGACACCUCUUUACCUACAUAUUUACUGGUACUUUUUGCAUUCUGGUAUUUUAUCACAUACAGUUUGGAAGCUUUCUCAAGUGUUCAAGUUUAAUCAAAUUCUUGGCUACUAUUAUAUAAAAUGGUCCAUUCAUUGGGCAAGGAUAUUAAGUUGAUAUUGAGGCUUGAUAGUUUAAAACAUCUACAAACUCUUUCUUUAUUUUUUGGACAGCAUAUGAACAAGAUUCAUUUCAAUAGCCAUGAUUACCAACUUAAACCUUUCAUUUUCUCAUUGCAGGUUACCAACCUGAUGAAAACCAGAUCAGAGACCACCAGGCUGAGCUGGAAGGAGCUUAUAACGAGCUUUUGCAGCUUGCCGCAGCUAGGCGUGCAAGGCUGGACGAGUCCCAUAAGUUACAGACCUUCUACCGUGAUGCAGAGGAGGAGGAGAUGUGGGUCUCUGAAAAGACGCAGUCGUUGCAGUCGACUGAUUAUGGACAUGAUCUUAAUAGUGCCAUGCUCCUGUUGAACAAGCACGAGGUUAGUACAUUAUAUAACGAAGUUAAAUUUAUUUAACACAGUUAACAACUAGGAGUGUGGGCAUGGUCAGCGGUCAGUUGUUGGGCUCAAGCGCAGUGAGCCUUGCUAGCAUCACCUCCAUGUGCUUAGUUCAACGUUUUUCUGGCAGCCACUCUCCUUGUUUAGCCUUUAAAUCAUUCUUUUACCCCCAUUCCUGCCCCCUUUUAGUUUUCCACUGAUAAGUCCGCGUGACAGGUGCCUGGUUCCAUUGGCGUGGGGGCUCGUGGCUGGAGGGCGCUGGUUUGCCAGCCAGGGGGGCAUAACUCUGUGUAGGGGCUGGCUGUGCCAAAAGUUGAAGCUCCUGGACAUCCGGGGCACCCACCUCCACUAAGCCACGCAGUUGUGCCCUUCUUUCAAAGUCAUGCAAAAUUUAGCCAUAUGAAUAUGCAUUUUGGUCUGUAAUACCCCAAGAUUGAAAAGGGAGGUGGAGAAUACAGAAGAUAACAAUAUUUUAUUUUCUGUGUAAUGUUAAGAGAGCAACUGGUAUGUAAGGCAUAAUAAACAGUACCUCAGGAACAUAAUAAAUUCCUCCAUAGCUUUCCUUUUUUACCAAUGAGUAAUGUUUACACUGGUGGUUUUCUUUCUUAGGCUGUGGAACGAGACAUGGCCAAACGCGACACUCACACAAAGGCAGUACUCAAAAGUGGCCAAGACCUUUUGGACUCUGGACAUUACUCAUCUGACACUAUCCAGUCUCGAAUGGUCAGUAUACAGAACAAGUGGAUAAACUUAAAUGAUGUGGCUGCUUAUCGCAAGAAGAAGAUCCAGGAAAAUCUCCAACUGCAGCAGUUUAUUGCUGACUACAAUGACAUCAUGUCGUGGCUGGACAUGAUGGAGAGGAUUGUUGCCAAUGAUGAUCUUGGUUAUGAUGAGGCUAGCGCUGAGACCCUGUUGAAGAAGCAUAAGGUACACUAUUGCUUGACUUUUCCCUCUUAAACGUGGCCAAAGUCAAUAUUGGACAAAAAUUUAAAAUUUCAUUUUGCAAAAUGCCAAUAAACAAAUGGCACCUUUCAAAAGAACUGCCAAAGAGGUUUUAAUUCAAUGGUCACACUUAAGGAUUUCAUCCACAGACUCAAAAGUUAGAAUCAUCUUAAACAGCAUACUAAACAGUUCCACAGGAAAGUACUGCUCAGUAGCUUUCAUCCCCAGACUCAAAAGUUAUAACUUCCUUACAAGACUUCAUCACUCGCUCUUGCAAGUCAAAAGAUCUCUUUUGUGUUCCUUCAAGUUUCAAAGAGAGGCACAAUUUUUUUGCAUUCCUAAGUAGCACUGCUCUAUCAAACAUAAAGGUGAUGAGCAAAAUAGAAAAUGAUUAAUAAUUGAAAAAGGUUUUGAUCACUAAACAAAUUCUCCUCUACAGUAUCUUAGACCAUGUGAGGAGAGCAGUGUGGAGGUUAUGCCCACUGAUAUUAGUGUGGGUUAAACAACCACACCUUCAGUGUUGAGUCUCCAUGCAAACCACAUGCCAAAAAGAUAUGUUGAUCUUAUGCCCUAAUAAUCUGUAAACGAUUUUAUCUUUAACAGAUCAUUGAAGAAGACAUUGAAAACUAUGCAUCAGUGAUCAAAGGCCUUCAUGACCAAGUGGAUGAACUUGGUGAUGAGGACAAGACUUCGCCUGAGGUGGUCGACAGAUGCCGAAAGUGAGUUAGAAACAAAGUGCAUCAUUUUAACACACUGAAGGUUUUCACCCAGGAGUCAUUUCAUAAGUGGGUGGAAUGUGAUCAUCUGGCUGAGUAAAUCCUGAAUACGACUGUUGUUGAGAGUGACGGACAUUUGGAAAGUCUUUUCGGCAACAUGUUCAAAGUCAAAGUGUGUUGUAUCAUGUAAUACUGUCAACUGAUCAAGGUGUCACAACUCACUUUGGCUCUGAAGAUGACUACCACACUGGUUGUCAAAAUGUCAGUCCCUUUAGACAACAGUCCUAUUCAGGGCUUCACUCACCAGGAGAAUCAUAUGCCACCCACUUAAGAGAGUGCAUUAUUUUACUGGAUAUGGUGGCUUAGAUGUUAUGAAUAGUGAAGGAAAGGAGGGCUCUUGCAAGUUUUAAGGACUCUAAUAUUACAAGUUUACUGCUUUCAGUCCAGUUGGUCUCCAGUGGGUGACCUCCCCAUUGAUGCAAUCCUUGUCUUCUUUUGUAGUGUUGACACUCGCUACGAGAACUUGCGCUUACAAGCAGCAGACCGCCGACACAAACUCCUGGAUGCUCUCUCACUUCAUCAGCUCAACCGGGAUGCUUACAUUGUGGACAGCUGGAUUAAUGAAAAGGUUGGUGGUACUGAAUGUGAUUGGGAUGAUUAAUUGGGUACCUUGUGCAGUGCUUUGAUGUUUGAUUGGGUAUCAUGUGGACAGUUUUGUCGGGCAGUGUGUGGACUGCUCCUUGUGGAAAGGAGAUAUAUCUAGAUUGCUUCUAGGAUUAAAGUCAACUCUCGUUAUAGUGGACACAAUAGGGACCUUGAGUUAUAGUGUCCUCAUUAGCGAGAGUCCUUAAUAGUGGGAGUUUAUUUCAGUGAAACAUCUUUAAUAAUUUAUUUUUUGCCUGGGAUUCAGCUGCUGUCCGUAUUAUUGGAGUGUCUGUUAUAGCUGGGUGUCCGCAAGGCAAGAGUUGACUGUUCAUGUUUGUUCAUGUAAUUUCUUAUCCUUCACCUGCCACUGUACUAGUGCCUCUACUACCACCAGGCCACAUUGUCACGUUCAUCAGAAUGCAUCCUAAUCUGGUGUUCCUGUGGCACCAAGGCAGAAAUUUCCGAGCUAUAACGGGCGACUGCAAAUUAGCCACCCCUAUUAAUGUUGGCCAGGAAACUGGACUCCUUUCGACUCGAUUUCUUUCUCAUAAUUUUUCUGUAAGUGACGAGCCCUGCUCUGUAAUCGAUGAUUACCUCUAGUAGUAAAAUUGAUAUUGAAAGGUUUUGUAUAAAGUUGUUGUUGUUAUUGAACUGUUGUUGUAGGUUAUCAUCCAAGCUUGACUUACAUGAAUUUUCUUAUCUUUUGUGUCUUAUAGGAGGACAGACUUGAAGCAGCUCUCACUGUUGAAAAGAGCAUGGAUUUGGAAGAAUGCCAGAUCAUUGAGCAAAGAUUCGAGGGAUUCCAACAGGUUUGUAGAAUGAUGUCUGAUUUAGAAACAUGUGAAAACUAACCAGUUAAUGUUCUGACAUUUUGGCAACUUCACGAAGCCAUCAUCAAGGAAUUGGGAAUAAAUAUAUGUGAGUUUGAAAAGAGAUGCAUCUAGGUCUACUUCGUUUAUGCAAAUUUAGAGUCCUCAUAAACCCUCUCCAAACUUACAUUUAUUUAAUCCCUGAUUCCUUGAUAAUGGCGUCAUGUGGUCACAGAAACAUCAGAACAUUAUCUUAUUAGUUUUUACAUGUUGUACCCUAUAUUUUCAGGAAGCCUAUAGUUCAUAAACUGCUGGCUUCUUGAAUAGGCUUCCUUGCCAUUACCAUUUUGUCCCCUUAAAUAUUUUUAAAAUUUAUUGUUUUUGUAAAUUAUGAAAUGAAAGAAUGUUAAUGGUUCUCUUAAACUAUUAAGACAUCUGGUCUAUUUUUCAUAUCAGCCAGGUUUUUCUUUUAUGUUUAUCUUUUAGAACUUUUGUGAAUGUUUAUUGAUUUAAUGAUGACUCAAUUAUUGAUCACAGGAGUUGAAUGCCAAUGAAAAGCGUGUUGGUGUUGUUAAUGAUCUUGGUGGACAGCUCGUCGACAAGGGCCACAUUAACUCUGAUGAAAUCAAAGACACAAUUGAUGGUCUUAACACAAAGUGAGUAGUGAAUUUUUUUUUGUGUAUGUUACAAAAAUCCCACACAAUCAGGGAGUUUUAACCAUCCCUGGUUUGGUCAAUAUGUUGCAAAACUCCAGAUUCUGUCCCAGCUGCCAUUUUGUUUGGUGAAGGUCUAGACUGGAGCCAAAACAUGAAGAAAUUGGGACUAAGCUAAAAAUAUCUCUGAUAUAAUUGUUGAAAUGAAAUAGAGUGAUUUGUGACCUUUCCAGAAAUUUAAGACACUUAGAGAAAUGCUUCUGAUUUCCUUGAUUUUGUUCCUGACCUUUCCUGGAUUUCUUGUUCUCGUUAGUCAGCUAAACCUGAAGAAACAAAUUUCCAGUUAUCGGGGAUUUUCCUGUCAUAUGAAAUCCAGACUUAUGACUCUGAAGUAUUUUCAAACCUCUCUCCACGCUGUUUUUUUUGCUUUUGAAAUUAAAACGGAUUCCUUGACAAAAUUUCUCACAGGAAGAGUUUCAAAAAAUUGAAUAUCUGCAAUGACUUAUUUUCAGAUGGGCAAAUCUUCGAAAUGCCGCAGACAUCAAGAAGGCCAAGUUAGACAAAGCUCUCAGACUCCAGCAAUUCCAUGCUGACAUUACUGAGACCAAGGUAUAUGACAUAAGCUUUUAACUUUAAACAAUCAAAAAACCAAACAAAUAAGCUACUGAAAUUUGUCUCCCCUUAAUUAUAUUGUGUCUCACUUUGUACAGUGUUUUUGUCAAAUGCAGGUGUAUUUUUGCUAGUUUGUUUUGUAUUUUCCUACUUGUCAUCACUCAUCAUAGUUAAAAGUACAAUUUGAAGGGUAGACAAUAAAGCUUUAACCCUUGAAGCCUCAAGAGUGACCAAAAUCAAUUUUCUCCCAACAUAUUUACACAUAAUCAGGAGAUAAGGUUAUGAGAAUUCAAAAAAUGAUUACUUGAAGGAGGAGAGAUUUCUCAGAGAUUUGUCUCACCCACCACAGCCCAAGCUUAUUCUGGUUUAACUUAAAACAAAUAAUGCAAGCACUGCAAGCUAAUCACUUUAUGGGACCUUGACUUAUUUUGGUUUCGUAAACAUGGCAAAGAGUCCCUAUGAGUUGUCUUUGUAUUUGUAUGUAUUUUUACUUUCUAUAUUUGCAAAUUCUUGUUUUUGACCUCAAUCAGCCAGCCAGAAGAAGUGUUUUCCUGGCCGUUUUUUGUUAGAGAAAAUAUUUGGAAACUGUGCUUAGACCAGCCAACCUUAGUCUCCCUCGCGGUUGUUUUUGUCUUGUCACACAAUGUAGCUCCUCACGUUGGGAGGAGUGUUGCGUGACAAGCCAGAAACGGCUGUAAGGGAGACUAAGCAUAACCUUAGUUGUGCAGGGCUGUUUGUUUAGAGAGAGAUGACUGAAAUCAGAAGUCAGUAGACUAAUCUAACGCAUUAUCUCUUUCCUUUAUAGCUGUGGAUUACUGAGAAGUCAAGCCUUCUUCUUAGUGUUGAGGAAGUAACAAACAUGAAAGAUCUUGCAACAGUCAUGAUCUUACAGCGACGUCUGAACAGCAUCCAGAGGGACCUGGGACCAUUAGAAGACAAGGUAAGGUUCAUUUUAACUUCACGGUGUGCUCAAGAUUGUGCCCCACAGAAACUUGGGACUUGAAGAUAUUCUAUUGUUGUCUAAUCUUCUACGUCCAUAACCUAUCUCUGUCACUAGUCCUAAUCCUACAUCAUCAUGUUAGUGUGACGUUUGUGAAGCAUUUUAUGACAGUUGCUAUACAGACCUUCUGAGAAGAGCGCAAAACAUCAGCUGGAGAGACAGUGCCAUGCUUGAGGGGAUCUAUGCGUGACUGACACUUCUAUAUUUUGCUUCUUUCUUUUUUUUUUUUUUAUUUCUUGUGUUGUAUUUUAACUUUAUACUGAAUAUUAUAAGAGGAGUACCCAAUAAAGCUGUGGGGAAAAAAAUCUUUGAGACUCAAGCAAAAGCAUCUCCAGUUUUUGGGUCAUUGUUAUUGGGCAGAUAAAGAAAUAAUCUCUUCUCUCAUCCUCUGGCGCCCAGUGUGCAGAGUGCAGAGUGUACUCAUGUAAGCUAACAUACCCUGAAGGAUUACUAGGGAUUUGGGACUUGAUUCCAGGGACCUGAGUACAGCGAUGUCAAAUUGUGGAAAGAAAUCUCCAUAAAUCUCCCACCCACCCCGGUGGCCGAAGGAUCACUUUAAAGGCCAAACAAUUUUGUUGGGAUCACCACACCUCAGACUCUAAAGUUCAGGCAAAAUAAGUUUCUUUAUGUUAGUAGACUGUUGAUGUUCGUUCUUUUUAUGUUGUAGGUCACUAAGCUUGAGAGCGAUUCUAAUAACCUUUGCUCUGAAUACCAAGGAGUAAGUUGAUUUGAUUGAUUGAUUUGAUUAUAUACACAUUAAUAAUAGUAAGGAGACUCGAUAUCUUUGAUUUAAUCCUUACGUUUUAUCCGGUAUUGUACUGUUUUUAAUGAAAAUUUUGUGAUUUCUUUGAAAGGAACCCGAAGAACCUAUAAUCAGAGAGAAAAUGACUGUUGUUAGUAGUGGCUGGAUUGACCUCAAGGACAAUGUGAGUUUCUCUUUCCUUGUUUAACAGGAACAAUUUCAACAAUGAAGCUAUCUUUACACACUUGGAUGUCACGGUGUGGUGGAAUUUUAUCCUUGGUUCAAAUUUUCCCUAUGUUUUAAACACAGGGGCCCCUUUAAGGAACUUUUUGGGCCGAAGGCAAUUAUUAAAUUAAAACUUGUUGAAUAGUACCACAGCUAGCUCAUAAAACGGUCAAUUUGCUUCGUUGAGUGAUUGAGUCAUUUUCAAAAUUAUUGAAAUUUAGAUCUUGAAUGCAAACUUGGUACACAUAAAACAGCUUUUUGGGCCUGAAAGGUUAGUGGGACUUUCGAUUAAGCAGGCCCUUGCACACUUACUCUCAGGAUAAAAGAAAUAUAGAAUUUUUAACGGGACGAAAUUGAAGCGCAAUAUCUCUCUUAUCACCCAAGUAAUAACUGGUUUGCCUAUUUUGUGUUGUUGUUUUAGGUAAAGCAACGAGAUGAAGCCUUAGCAGAAUCUGGAGAGCUUCAGCGCUUUGUAAUCGAUCUGGAUAACUUCCAGAUAUGGUAAGUUAAUGAUACAAUAAGAAAUUCAUAGACAUUCAAUAGAACACGACGUGGGACGUGUACCGUGCAGCUGCUAUUUUUCAGAAAUGUAGUUAGUUAUUCUGGAGGCCCCGAUUGUUCAGAGGAUUGAUAGCACUAUCCAGCAGAAAAAUAUUUGUGAAAGGUUUGAGCCCUAGAAAAAUAUUUGGGAAACUAAUUGUGCUAUUUACUAGAUAGAGAUUUAUCCAAAGGAAAGAGUUAUCAUCCUUUCGAACAAUUAGAUCCAGGUGUUCCAUUUUGGGAUCAUUGUACCAUCUACCCCUCCCCUAAGCCAACAUUAACACUUACUUCUGACUUAAGGUGGAUUUCCACUGUUGCGUAAUUUUAACGUGUGCACGCACGUAAAUUUUACGCGUGUAAAUGUUACGUGCGUUCGCACGGAAAAAUUACGCGACAGUGGAAAUCAACGCUUAGGGCAAAAUGUUGGCUUAGGGGAGGGGUAGGUGGGCAGUUUCCCAGAAACUUAUAUUGAUCCCCCUUUUGUAUCUCUGAAGUGCAGUCUUUUUGCUUGGACAUACAAUGUAGUAUAAAUGAUCCAAACGAGAAAACUCGUUCAUAACCGUUUUUUUUCAAGGCUGAACAACACUCAGAACGAGGUUGCAUCAGAGGAUAUGCCAGUGUCUCUGUUUGACGCCGAGAAGAUGCUGAAAGAACAUGAAGAUCUCAAGGAAGAGAUCGAUAGUCGUGAGCCAGACUUCAGACAACUCAUGGCAAGUGGACCCAAAUGGAUCCAGGACGAGUCUGACCUCCAACAGCAGUCGUUGAAGGAACAACUUGACAACUUGGAGACUGGAUGGAAUGAUGUGCAUAUUUUGUGGGAGAAUAGAAAGAAAAUGCUUAUUCAAGCUUUGAACCACCAGGUAUGGAGAUGAUGACUUCACAGUUUAACAUAAAUUCCAUGCUUCUUCAUUGUGUCUUUGAGAAAGAAUGAGAAAGAAAGCCAAUGGCGAAUCUUCUUGAUGUUGAAAAAAAAAGUGCGGGAAGGUUUCCUCUCUUUGGAACCAAGGCAACUGUUUGUAUUGAACAGAGAGAGGUCUGAAACAAGGGGUUUGAAAAGUAUGUGUAAAGAAAAUAUUUUUUAUGAUCAUUUAUGACUGCUAACCCAACUGUUUGCUGUGGUUUUCUUUUAGUUGUUUAUCCGUGACUCUAAGCAGUGUGAAGCCAUCCUUGGCCAACAAGAACUUUUCCUGUCUAAAGAAGAAAAUGGAGUAAGUUUUACAUGGUUUCACCUGUACCGCCUAACUUCUGGUUCAAGAAAAAUUCGAAAUUCAAUGUUUUUAUGGGCUGAAAAAAUGGUAGUCUGCUCCCCACCCCUCUUUGUGUUGUCAAGUAACGCUGGAGAGUAGCGUUGCGUGACGACACAAAGAAUGGCUGUGAAGUAGACUAAAAAAAUGGCGGUGGCCUACUGACGAAAGAGGUUUCAUCUGUAUGGUCAAACUGUAGGAUUUCAUUCAUAGACUCUAACAGUGUAUAAGUUUUAGAAUCACUUUAUACAGUGUAAUAAACAGUACCACAGGAAAGAACUGCUUAAAAGCUUUUGAAUGGUCACACUGGGUGAUGUCAUUCACGGAAUCAAAAUAUAGAACCACUUUGUACCACAUAAUAAAAAGUACCACAGGAAAUUACUGCUCUGUAGCUUUCGUUUGAGUGAACACACUUUAGGAUUUCAUCCACAUACUGCAUAACUGACUCAUAGAAGUGGUAAUCUCAUAGAUAAGACAAUGAUACGAAGCGCGCAAUUUUAAUUUUGAAUUCCAAUUUGUCAAAGGCCACAGUUGAAGCUGUGAAGGAACUCAUCAAGAAACAUGAAGAAUUUGACAAGCGAAUGAACACAAAUGAUGACAAGAUCAACCAAAUGAUGCAGUUUGCUGAUCGCCUGAAUGACGAAAACCACUACGCAUCUGACAAAAUUACUGAGAAAGCUCGCAGCAUUGACGAAAGGCAAGGAAAAAACUUUUCUGUAGUACUUUUUUAUAAAUAUUUUUUCUUACGAGCCCUAUACACAAGCGGGCUGGCCCUGUUAUCAGGAUCAAUUUUGCCUCGGGUUCAUAUCAGAAAUUUCAGCCCGGUUUCCGAGAUAAGGAAACGUCAAAGAUUCUGGGGAUGAGUUCAGGCGCGAAAUUCGAGAAACGAAGCAAACAUGGCAAAACACAAAGUUAUAAUUGUCGUGCCUAUCAUAGCUUUGCAACUCCUAUAGCUGUAUCACUGCAGUUAAAUGGGAUGCUUAUGAUGUGGAAAAUGCAGCAGGCAAAGCAAGACGAUGUCAUCCGGGCUACACUGUUGCCCUGUUGCUCUCUUUUCCAGCCCGCUCACUGAGUUCUGGUUGGAAAGACCGAGAUCUCGGGAACGGAGCCAGCCUGCCCUCUCAUAUGAACACAUCGGAAAUUUUUAGAUUUAGACUGGACUCUUGUGAAGAGGCACUUAGAUGGGAAACUGACCUCUUUCUGUCUUAACACAAAUUACCCUGCUUACGCGGAUCUGCUUGCUUUCACAGGAGAAUUGCUAAUCAUGAAAAGAUGGCUGCCGCUCUUAAGAGACUGAGAGAUUCCUUGGAAUUGCAGCAGUUUAUACAAGAUGCUGAAGAUGUAUGUUACCUGAAUUGUUUGUUGUUUGUCGUUAAUUUUUCUUAACGUUCUUAAUCCAGUUUUACCGAGGUGUAUUCAAUUCAUCGCCUAUACUUAAUUGAUAUUUUGUAAAUAUCUUUUUAGAUGUACGACUGGCUUAACGAGCGUCUGUUGAUCGCCUCAGAGGAAACCUACCGAGAUCUUAGUAACAUUCAGGGCAAGGUCAUGAAACACAGAACAUUUGAAGCAGAAAUCCAGGCCAAUAAGGAAAGACUGGAUAACAUUUGUGAGGUUAGUGUGAAGCUAACAGAGAACGACCUUGUUCAGCUUUAUAAAUAGUACCACAGGAAAGUACAGCUCAGUAGCUAUCAUUUGAAUGGUCACACUUGAGGGUUUCAACCGCAGACUCAAAAGUUAGAAUUACCUUGUACAGCGUAAUAAACAGUACCACAGGAAAGUACUGCUCAGUAGCUUUCAUUUGAAUGGUCUCACUUUAGGAUUUCAUCCACAGACUCAAAAGUUAGAACCACCUUGUACAGCAUAAUAAACAGUACCACAGGAAAGUACUACUCAGUAGUUUUCAUUUGGAUGGUCACACUUUAGGAUUUCAUCCUCAGACUCAAAUUUACAUCUCCUUUGACUUCCUGUGCGUGCGCUCAUUCACACAGGAAACCCACAGAAGUGGCUAUUGUCCAUAACACGAGUUUCAAACCCCAGCUACGAUUUUACGACCUCUGCUAAAUUAAAUUUCUUUCCUCUUGCAGUCUGGUAACAACAUCGCAGAAGAGAAGCCAGAAAACAGGCCUGAAAUCGAGGAGCGUCUAGAGAAACUGAAUGUCAAAUGGCAGGAGCUUGCAGAUGCCUCCACACAAAAGGGAACCAAACUUGGAGAUGCACAAAAACAAGAGGAGUUUAACACCGGUGUAAAGAACAUACAGGAAUGGUUCACAGAGAUCGAACAGACAGCCGUCACACACGAGAGGGCGACUGAUCUGACAACGGCCACCAGGCUCUAUCAAAAGCAUAAGGUAUUCUAAAGGAAAAAUAAAUGUAUGAAAAAGAAAAUUUUAAGACAUAUAAGUAUUGUUUCAUUAUUUUUUGUCUGUGGGUGGGUGUGUCUGUGUGUCACACCCAACCGUUCUUUGUGUUGUCACGCAACACAAGGAGAAGUAUUCGUGACAUUCCCAAGAACGGAUUCUCCAAAAGGCUGUAACAUUUUAGCGACUCUAUUUCGGGACAUACCUGAAGUCUGUAAGCAAUAUCUACCAACUGAAACCAAAUGGCUGCUAGCUCUACUGUUGACAGCGGCUUUUGCCUUAAGAAAGAGCCAAUCAAAAUUUUUCCAUCGCGAGAGCAUCAAAUAAAGCCAAUCGCCGUUUUUUAGUUUCUAUGGUCCCUUUUUUCUCGCAUACACGUCGCGUCUCCUUGUGGGGAUUCUCCGCGCGUUUGCGCCUUACUCGUAGCCUCCCCGCAGACGUCCUUUAGGGUUUGUUUGUCACGCAUUCAGAAAUGAAUGCGUGACAAACGAACCCCAAAGGACGUCUGCGGGCAUGCUACCUUACUCGUAGUCUGAGAGUGGAUUUCCACCAUUGCAUAAUUUUAACGUGCACAACAGAGGAAAUGCAUGAAAGGUCGCGCUUAACGUAAAGGUUGAAGCUCCCUCAACUUUAACGUUUACGCUUGAAUUUUUAUCCAUUGUCUCUGUUGUACUGACGCGCGUACUUACGUAUAAAUUACGCGACCGCCGAAAUCCACCCUUAUGCGCGGCUUAUUUUAUUUGCGCGCGUAAACUUUACGUGCGCACGUGAAAAUUACGCGACGGUGGAAAUCCAGCUUAACCGAAUAAACACUUGAUUAGAGUGGUUUUCGUUUGAGUGUCGUAAAACCAAAACCAAAGUAAUUACUCUGGCCAAUCACGUAGGACACAGACAAUACAUUGAACCAAUCAAAACUCGAAGUAAUUACAUGUGGCUGACGCAAAGCGCGGGAAAAUGCAUGCGGGCGCGUCGCAAUUGGCUUUGGUUUUACUUCUGAUUGGAUGAAAAGGUGGCGCGAAUCUUUUAAGCCAAUCGCAUCGUGUAGAAAGUGCAAAACCAAUUACUUUUCGACACUCAAAUGAAAACCGCUCUAAAGUGCACCGCAUAACGUUCUAGUAACAGUGAAACUUAUCGGUGAUGUUUUCAGAUGAUGGAGAAGGAAAUUGUAGUCAGGAGAGAGCGAAUGCAACAGCUUAACAGCCAAGCUCAAGAUCUAGUGGAUGCCGGUCACUUCGAUCCCAAUGCUGUGGAAGAAACGCGCAUCGUUAUGGAAGAGAGGUUUGUCAUCAGCCAUGAGACAGACUUUUUAGUAACUGUACUUACAAGACACCAUCAUUUACUCUGGAAGCGAACGGGUUAACGUAACUCCUUUUGCUUGAUUGUUGUAGGGUUGAAGCAAUGGCUGCGCCUUUGGCUGAGAAGGGCGUAGAUCUUGAACGUACCCUUGGCUACUUCCAGUUCAACCGAGACUGUGAUGAUGAAGAGGUGAGGAUAUUAAUACUCUGUAAAUGAACUGAUGAUCCGGGGAGGUUACUUUGGUGGUGGGUACGGCUGGACUUUCACAGAGUCCUUUUUAGUAGCGCCGUUUUGUUUUGCCACGUUCAAAGGGUCUUUUUAGCUUGCAGCAAUCGGUAAAGCAUCGCCCCAUGACUUUCAUUUUAGCGGGAAAUUAGAUUCAAAAUCCUUCCAGCGAAGAGAAGGUCAGUAGCUCUCCAGACAUGGUCUAUGAUUGGAGAACGAAACAAUACCCCUAUCCUUAAAAACAAAAGAAGCUACUGCUUUUUUAGGCCAAUGAAAACAGAGGUCAGGAAGAGCUACCGUACUACUCCGAACGAAACAAGCUAGUCUCUCGCGACUGCGUCAACAGCUUGUAUCUUUUCGCUAAGCUUGGUUUAGGAUUCUUGACAAUUCUUAACCCCGUAUUACUGAUAGAAAGAGAUCGACUUGGUGCAGACAUGGGUUCUGAAACCCUGACUCUACUUCAGACCUCACCUGAAACGCUGGUCUAGUAAAACAAUUGAUACGAAAAAACCUGAGGAACUUUCCCAGCGAAGUACCCUGUCUGUGCGAUUGCUACAAAUUGAAAGCACAGGUCUCUGUUUUUUAGUGGUCAGAUCUCGUUUUUGAUGGUACUCAUGUUGUUGUGUUUUAGGCCUGGAUAAAAGAAAAGGAACCAAUGCUCCAGUCAACCAACUACGGAAACAACUUGUUUGAAGUACAGAAACUACAGAAGAAACUCCAGGUAAGAUAUAAUAGGGAUGAAAUGUCAUACUAAAAUGGAAACAGCAAUAGCACAAAUUGGUAAUGCAUCGGAUCGAUGUGACUAGUUGCAUCUACGGCACAAGAAUAUAUACAGCAACAAACUGCUACGAAAGGGUAAUCUCGGUAGAUUUUCGUGCAUUUUCGUUUACCUUCGUUGCAUUCUCGUUGUCGCAUUAGAUCAAAGUCAUAGGCAUUGUGUUCAGACACUCUAGUCCUUAAAACAAAACUCACAGAAGAUAGCAAACAGUGGUACAUUAAGUACAAAAACUACUGAAUAAGCUCCCUCCCCUCCCUUGCAACUAUUUUUCGGUACGAUGAACAGGCUUUGGAAUAAACCCCAUAGAACGCUUAUUGCUGGAUUUUUGGUUGAUUGCGCUGUUGGUAAAGGGAAGUCUUACUUAUAACCGUUUCUUGGCAGACCUUGUGCGCGGAGAUUAAGAUUCAUGAAGCUCACAAAGACAACAUCUGCAAACGAGGACAAGAUCUUGUGGAGUCUGGUCAUCCAGAGUCGGAACAAGUGGCCGCCAGGAUAGAUGACCUGCAGGAGAAGUAUGACAACCUCAAGAAACUGUCGGAUGCUUACAAAGCUCAGCUCGACCUGUCACUCCAGGCUAAACAGGUUUGAUUGGUUCUUGAGUCCUUGGUGAUUUUGUAACUUGCUUUAGUGAAAAUAAAGUCGGAAAACAUCCGAUAUUAUAUUUAGUUUGUGGGAGUGCAAAACAAAUAGUAACAUAGAAAACUACUGCUCAGUAGCUUUCACUUUUUACCACCUUCUCGAAUGUAACUUCGAACGUUAAAGGAAAGUUAUUCCGUUCAUGAGCUUUUUGCUAUUCAACUAUUUCGAGUCGAAAUUUAUCUCCGAAACGUGUUAUUCUAUAUUCCCUAUGGUCUCGUGGAAGUACUUUAAUUUUAAAACAAAAUAUCUCCGUUGUUUUCAGUACUACUACGAUGCCGCGGAAGCUGAAUCUUGGAUGAGUGAACAAGAACUGAAUAUGAUGGGUGAUGAACGAGGAAAGGACGAGGCAAGCGCCAGUGCAAUGCUUAAGAAACACGAGACAUUAGAAGCUGCUAUUGCUGAUUACUCUGAGACUGUUAAUGAACUUGGCGAUACUGCUAAGGCACUCGUGGAAAGCGAGCACCCAGAGAGGUAAGUAGUAUAUCAAACACGAGCAGGAGUGUUUUAUGUGGUAUAGAAACACCAUAAAGUCGUACAUCAAAUACGAGAGUUUCAUCUGAUUUCCAAUCACCAGUAAUAAGUAUAUCAGACACGAAAAAGAGUGUUUUAUGUGGUAUCCAAACACCGAGAACAAUAUGUCAAACACGAGAAGGCGUUUUUUUUUUUUCAUCUAAAAUGUAAAAUCCCGGAAGUAAUAUGUCAGCCACGAAAGGGACUGUUUUUUCCGGUAUCUAAGCAUUGAGAAGUAAUACAUCAACACGAGGAGGAGUGUUUCACCUGUAUCCCUACACUUAGAAGGGUUGAAAAAACGAGGCAUAGCCGAGGUUUUUCUAGACCGACACAAGGAUUUUGUGGAUCAGAUGGGUGGACAGGCGUUACUUAUGAUUGGUCGAUGGUAUCCAAAGUCAUCCAUUGACCAAUCAUUGCUUGUAUUUUUCACUCAACCUAUCCCAGAAAUCUUUGCGCCGAAAGUUAGUACCCAUUCUCCCAGUAGUUUAUUUUGUGGCAAAAUAACACACGUUUCAGCAGUUAGGGUUGCAUUUGUGUCCGUUCGGCAAUUGUAACGAGUUUCAGAAAAUUGUUUGACCUCUCCUUAGAAAAGCAGCUUUUUACAACUCCCAUAACCUCGUACUCACGUUUUUCGUAUUUGACGUAAAUACAAAGCUGAAACUUAUUCUUUGUCCUUGCUUUUUUAGCGAGACGGUUAAGAUCCGUCAAGCCCAGGUAGACAAGCUAUACGAAGGACUCAAGGAUUUGGCUGAGGAAAGGCGCGGCAAGUUGGACGAGACUCUCAAGCUUUACCAGCUGCAGGGUGAAAUAGAUGAUCUGGAACAGUGGAUUGCGGAGAAAGAAGUUGUGGCAGGUUCUCAAGAUAUUGGACAAGACCUCGCCCAAGUGGAGGUACACUUUUCAGUCUUAACUAUUUUUUUUUUUUUUUUUGCCUUGUGCAGAUACGUAAUUUGAAAGACGUACUGAUUAGAGCUUUAUCCUAAAUAAUUGAUUUUAUUAAGGGGUGAUUUUUUUGCCACCGUGUGUCUCAGACAGUCAAUACCGUCGGACGAUAUCCAGGGUUUGACUGAUAAGUCCGGCUCCACGCAUGCAAUUUUGUUGCGUGACUUAAAAAACGAUUUGAAAAAUGCCAAAAAGAAGUUUUAAAAUAUCGUGGCGUGGUAGCCAGAAAAACGCCUGUGAAUACCAGAAAGUUGUCGGGCAUACACGACUUGGACUUGGUAUUCGAUCUUUUUUGUCAUCGCGUCCACCGUGGUUACGCUUUUGUCGGGCGUUGAAAUCAGCAUUUUCCCAUCGUUUUGCUUGUUUGCUAAGGGUUUGUUCCUAAUCUCCACUAAACAGUGGAAUAUCGACUUCUCGAACCCGAAGUUUAUAGAACCUCCUAAUAAUUCGAGUAAAAACUGACUUCCCUAUUCAAGUUUGUAAUUUUACCCCGUAUUAAUUUAUUCCAUUCUCUCUGUAUGUCGAAUCAAGCUUCUAUCCCAAAGAGUGUUCGAAACUGAGAUUCCAUUGUAACUUAAAAUAAUCCUCAUUUAUUAUUAACUUUUCAACAGCUGCUCAUCGAGAAAUUCCGCGAUUUCGCACGAGACACCACCAAUACUGGAUCGGAAAAGGUGGCAGCCACGAAUGCUGUGUGUGAUCAGCUUAUUGGCACCGGUCACACUGACGCGGCAACUAUCGCCGAGUGGAAAGAUCAGAUCAACGAGUCCUGGUCUAACCUUCUGGAACUCAUUGAAACGAGGACAACGGUAAACAAACAUAAUAUGCUUUGUGAUUGGCUUAGGCUAAUAACCUGACACCUUUUUCAGCCAAUGAGAAAAAAUCCAGUCUAACCCUAACCCUAACCCUAACCCUAACGUUUUCCCGCGCUUUUCGCCGGCAUAGCCGGCCACGCACACAUGCCUUCUUUUAAUUGGUUCGUCGGUUUGUCUGUGUUGGGAUUAACCAGACAAAAUCGAAAACUGGUUUGAAUAUGUUUUUCUCAAGAAAAAUAGUUGUUUUCGUAUUGACCUUUUGGUUUCGAGAAAAGAAAAUAAUCUUUCAGGGUACCACCUAACUGGUGCUUUUUCUCUCGCGUACUCAAUUUCCCGAAAAUUCGGGAGCUAAAUUUUCACGAGUAUAGAUUUUGUUUGACGAUUUCUCUCCAAAACUUGAAAUUAGCUGCGCGCGAAAUUUAUUAAGAUUAAAGGUAGAAUUAGUCGCCAAUCUUUGUCACAAAAACGUGCCCCACUGAAAAACGUUUUAUUUAAUUUUAAUUUCAGUUGUUAGAGACCGCUCGUGAACUACAUAAGUUCUUCCAUGACGCCAAAGAAGUUCUCGCCAUGAUUCACGAGAAAGAAAACCUCCUUACAGAUGAUCUUGGUCGCGAUCUAAACAGCCUGCACCAACUGCAAGUGGUUCACCAAGGAUACGAGGCUGAUUUAGCACCACUUGGCAACCAGGUAAAACAGUAGGUUGAUAAUGUAUUAAUAUAGCCAAGCUGAAAAGAAGAGCUACUAACCGUUUACUUAGAACAGUAAACCUUUAACCUAAUUUGCUCUGACACAAAUAUUAAAGGGGAGCCGACGAUACGGUUAGUAUAUCACCUCAAAAAAGGCAUCGCAUUCUGAUUUCCUCAUGGCAACUAUGUAAAGCCCGGUCAAGUGUGACAUUUUACUUUGGCUAAACAUGAACAGGGGUGGGUGGUCCCUUUUAGCAUGCUUGAACCUUAAACUUUUUAUAGCUGUAGUUUUGCGGUUACUACUGAAUUACUUCGGUGGCUUUGAAUUCUGCCUCAUCUUGAUAUCGAGACUUUUUUUUUUUUAUUUUCAGGUCUCUGCGAUCCAGGAGGAGGCUAAUCGUCUCCAGGGCUCGUACGCAGGUGACAAAGCCAAAGAAAUCCAGGCUAAGGAAGAUGAGGUCGUUGAUGCAUGGAAACGACUAAACUGGCGCGUGAAACAACGCACUGAGCGACUGCACGAUGCGGACGACUUGUACCGAUUCCUGUUAGCUGUUCAAGACCAGAUGUUGUGGAUGAACGACAUGUUAAAACAGAUAUUAACUUACGAGAAAGCAAAGUGAGUAUCACUGUUCUACCACCCGCCACUUUUCUGGGAUCGUUAUUGGGGGCGGGCCGAUAAGCCAUCUGCCAAUUUUUCACCUGGCUCUUUUAACAGUCCCAGAAAGUUAUCCUCAGUUUCGUCCUAGUUUUUAAAGUUUAGGGGAAGUGUAAGUUGUCGUUUAAAUAUUUACGUGCUUGUUCGUUCCUUUAAGGGAUGUACCUGGAGUAGAGGUAUUGAUUGAACAACAUCAGACCAGGAAAGUUGAAAUCGAUGCUCGCGAGGACAGUUUCCAGGACGUAGUGAAGAUGGGAAAAGAUUUGAUCGCAAGAAACCACUACGCCACUCCAGAGGUAAAAGUUUCUUUCAUGUCAGAAAUAUUUAUUUUUGUCUUGACGUUUUGCAUAUCCCUACUUCAUAUGGUCUUUUCCAUGACCUGUUUUAAAAAAGCAAUUUACUUGGUUUCACUUGACUCGACUGGGAGACUUAUCAUAGCUUACUAAUUGCAGAUUAAUGAGAAACUUGACAUGUUGAACAGACACAAAGACGAGCUCUCACUUGAAUGGGACAAGAGAUGGGAACAUCUGCAGUUAGGUAGGACAGCUUGGUUUGUUACUGUGAUCUGUCCGAGUAAUACCAUGAAACUAGUGGCAACGUAAUUCUUCUAACCAAUCAGAUUAAAUGUCGAUAACCCAGUGAACCAAUGGGAACUGAGACAAAAGCAGAGUCGAGCACGAGAAGACGUGCAACUUCCUCCAAGCGCGGGAAAUCGUGCAGCUGAUUCCAAUGGCGGGAAAAUGCGCGUAGGUCCUUAGGCGGUAGUUGUUGAUUACAGUAACACUUAUUUUCUCACUGACGUCUAGCUGUGGACAAACACAAAAUACGCGCAACACAAGAAACAAACCAACCAUUGAGUCCUUGAAUGCCCAGCUUGUCUAUCUUAUGAACAAUUUACGUCUGUCCAAUCUUUGAGAAAAAGUUCUAGUGAUCUUGUAUGCUCACGUGUUCGUUUGCCCAACAGUCCUCGAAGUCAUGCAGUUUGCACGUGAUGCUCACGUGGCCGAAGGAUGGAUGAUCGCCCAGGAACCGUACCUGAAAAACGAGAACCUCGGAGUAAGUCGACAUGAUCGUUAUUUUUGACCCUGUAAUUAACUUAAUUGUAGAAUAUCCGAAAUAUUUUUGCUUUCCUCCUUUUGUAACUCUUGAAGACACACAUACUUUUAUCAUGUUUACAUAAGUUUUGAUUUGUUGUGUGCUCUUGUUGUUUGAUUCGUAUAAUGGUAAAUCCUUAUUUCUUGAUUUUUUUUCAUUUUGCCCAGGACGAUCUUAAUGAAGUGGAACAACUUCUAGAGAAGCACAGCAACUUUGAGAAACUUGUUAACACACAAGAAGAGAGGUUCCUUGCCCUGGAACGCUUAACCACGGUAAAGUAACGACAUUUUUGUAAUUUCUAUUUAUCUUCGAACGAACACUGAUUCAAAAACUCGAAUCAGAUCUCAACUCAAGAACAUUAAAAAAACUGCGUUAUGGGUACGAUGUGCGCUGCUAAGCAACCGGUUCCUCAUAAUUUUUUUUGUGCGGGUUUUGUUGAUUUAAUGGCUGCUAUGCUUGGAUAUACUUCUAAACAAAGCCAAACUUUGAGCGAAUAAGGUCCUUUUUUGAAAAUUAAAUUACCGCUUCUUCUUUUGUGAAAGAUUCAUCAGUUAGUUGCCACACCCACAUUUUAGGGAGCAGCUGUACCUAUGUGACCUUUUCCAGGAGAAGAGACUGGAAGAUCGUUAAAGAUUCGAUUUUUUUGGUCUUUCAGUUCGAGCUUCGCGAGGGAAAACGCCGCAAGAUGGAGCAAGAGCGCCGCGAACGGGAAGAAAGGGAAAGAGUGGAGAGAGAAGAACGAGAAAGGCAGGAGCAACUGGAGAGGAUCCGUCAGCAAGAAGAGGAAGAGUUAAGAAGACGACAGGAAGAGGAAGCAAGGAAGAGAAGGGAGGAGAGGGAGAGAGAGAAGGCAGAGGAAGUAGUCGUGUCUGCUGUGGCUGCAGGGGUGAGUUGUUACAGCAUAAUAAACAGUACCACAGGAAAGUACUGCUCGGUAGCUUUCAUUUGAAUGGUCACACUUUAGGAUUUCAUCCACAGACUCAAAAGUUAGAACCACCUUGUACAGCAUAAUAAACAGUACCACAGGGAAGUACUGCUCAGUAGCUUUCAUUUGAAUGGUCACACUUUAGGAUUUCAUCCGCAGACUCAAAAGUUAGAACCACCUUGUACAGCAUAAUAAACAGUACCACAGGGAAGUACUGCUCAGUAGCUUUCUUUUUAAUGGUCACACUUUAGGAUUUCAUCCGCAGACUCAAAAGUUAUAACCACCUUGUACAGCAUAAUAAACAGUACCACAUGAAAGUACUGCUCAGUAGCUUUCAUUUGAAUGGUCACACUUUAGGAUUUCAUUCUCAGACUCAAAAGUUAGAACCACCUUUUACAGCAUAAUAAACAGUACCACAGGAAAGUACUGCUCAGUAGCUUUUAUUUGAAUGGUCACACUUUAGGAUUUCAUCCACAGACUCAAAAGUUAAAACCACCUUGUACAGCAUAAUAAACAGUAGCACAUGAAAGUACUGCCCAGUAGCUUUUAUUUGAAUGGUAAUACUUUAGGAUAUUAUCUACGAACUCAAAAAGCUUGAACUACCUUGUUCAGCGUAAUAAACAGUACCACGGGAAAGUACUUUCAUUUUUUUAGGACAUUCAGUUUAUGCCUUUCUCCUUUAUUGUUUGAAGUACCUUUAGCCGUCUUAACUGUUCCCUCUUUUUUUGUGUGUUCUUUUUGUUUGUUAUCAGGUUGAGUCUACACCAGAGGAAAAAGGUAAGCAAGCUUAUUGUGGCUACUAUUUCUUUAUUACCCUUCCCUCAAGUCCCGGAAGUAGAUUAUUAAUGCCUAGUUAAAUGAUCAUCAGAAAAUUGACCCGCGGCGUUCUUAUAUUUCUUGCAGAUAUUGAGGGGAGCGUAACUGCGGACAAAAUGGAAGGUUACCUUUAUCGUAAACCAACUAUGGACGCUCCCAACAGAAAGGCCCCAAUCAGGUAAGUACACAUCUACUUUUUAUUUAUUUAUUUUGAACAUCUUGGCUUUGUGGGUGAAUAGUUUACGUCAGCUGGGGAAGUGGCCAUAACUAUAAUAAUUGCGUCAAAUCUUUCUUGGCUUGUCAUCCCACCAUAACAUUAGCGUUUACGGUAGACCGCUAGACGGUAAACUAAAAGUGCAGUCUCAUUUCCUGUUCUUAUUUCCGGUAACACCUUCCUUCACUUACCUUGUGAUUUUACGAUGAAACAUGUGGUUGCUGAUCAUUAGACUACGAGCAGUCUCUCUUUUUUCUUGGUCCGUCGAGCAAAACGCCCGAGACACGCAAAUGACCACGCGCGUGAUUGAAGGCGCGAGACUCUCUUUUUCUUCUCGGGCUGCCGCCCUCGUUUCUCGCGUCCUUCGGCUUCUCCGCUCAACGCUCGCGCGCGCGUGCACUCCCCUUAGUAAAUCUGAAGAAAAAGUGAGACUGCUUGCAGUCUAGCUGAUCAUUAUCUCUUUGUUCUUUCUACCCAGGCAAUGGAAGCAAUUCUAUGUUAUACUUCAAGACCAGGUCCUUCAUUUUUAUAAAGAUCAGAAGACAGCGCGCGCGGUAAGUUUCUUAUCUCAAACGUCGUUCUUACCUCGAGUGUAUUGUGUGCCGUUGCUUGUUGGAGGUAAAACAUCCUUCGCCCCCGUGAAAUACGUCCUCUUGAACCAGGCCUAUUCUGGUGUGACAUUGAAAUUAACUGAGCCUCUGAUUGGUUGAGAAAAUGACCGGGGUUUUUUUCUUAGCCAAUCACGUAGCGUAGUAUAGAAGGCGCCGAUUUUCCCAGCCUAUUAAAUCACGUGGCUCGCGCAAAGCCUAAGUGAAGCGAAAUUUUUCACAACUGAACGCCGCUGUAACACCUCGAAUUUUUUUUGUGGAACAGGAACAUGAAGCAGCGCAUUCAAUGCCAACAGCAGAAAGUUAUGUUGAAGUAGCCACUGAUUACACAAAGAGAAAGAAUGUCUUUAGAUUCAGGUAAGUUAUGCUCAGUUCAUUAUUUUAUGGUUUCGUGGUCAGAAUAUCGUAAAAUCCUAGGCUCAAAUUAGAUGACUAAGUUGUUUUUCUCUCUUAUAAACUUUCUAGUUUAAAAUCCUCGUAUAUUUUAGCAGACUGUCUAAAAUGGCGGUCUAGAUAAAGUUUAUUAACGAAUUUGUUGUUGUUGUUGCUAUAGGUCAAACACUGGCCAAGAAUUUCUCUUCCAAGCAAAAGAUGACGUAAGCAUUCGAAUUUCUUCUAUUACAUUUAUCCAAGAACGUUCACGCGAUAAUUUUUCAAAUAAUUAUUAGAGUUCGUCACACUCAAGGAGGUCGAUCCUCAGACCCAAACCUUGUGAACCACCUUGUACAGCGUAAUAAAUAGUACCACAGGAAAGUACUGCUCAGUAGCUUUCAUUUGAAUGGUCACAAUUUGGGAUUUCAUCCACAGACUCAAAAGUUAGAACCACCUCGUACAGCAUAAUACACUGUACCACAGGAAAGUGCUACUUUUCAUUCACAGACUCUAAAUUUAUCAAUGUUGUGGCAAGGGCAAUGGGUCGGUCGGUUUAGUUGGGAGGGGUCGGGAGGGACUUACUGAAACGUUUUUGGAUUCUAUCUAUUUGAAAGGCUUACCAACUUCCCCUCCCAUCUCCCCUCAGGAUGACAUGAAUCUGUGGAUCAGGCGUAUUAAGGAGAGCUACGGAAAAGAAUCAACACCAGAAAGGAAAUCAGAAAAGCGAAGUAGCGGGAUAUUCGGAAAACGAAAAAGCAAGGAGAUCAAAUAAAGGAAAUCCCGAACAUUCCACUAGCUUAUAAAUUAUGACAAUCUGUGAGACAGUUCCGCACAAACAUAUAGGAGUUACAUUUGCAGUGAGGGGAGAGGUGUUCAGAAAAGGCAUGUUCGGAAAACUGGUUAAACUGAUAAAGCGUGUUUCUGAUCUUGCAUUUUAUGUCCGUUUUACUGCCAAUCAAAUACAUACUUAAGACUAAAAUUAAUUACGUCAGCGGUUUUCCAAUUUUCUUUUCGUGUUUAGGUUAGUGAAGCAAAAAAGAUUGCCUGUGAAAAUGUUGCGUUUAUUGAUAGUCUGAGUUGUGUCAAGUGAAGUUUUCUGCGUCGUACGUCAAAAUUC